AUGCUUCCUCAAAUUCAAAUCAGUUCUCGAUUUGUGAACAAAACAAAAACCAAAUUGUCGCAAAGAGAAAACAAUAGAAUGGCGAGCUUUGGAAGAGCAAAGCUCUUGAUCUUCCUGGCCUGCUCCGCUCUGACAACAGCCUCUAAUGGCCUCAAACAAUCAGCCGAUAUCGGCAAAGCAAACUAUCCGCCUUCGAGCGAUGAUCUCCACAAUGAUCCACACAAGUUGGAUCCUCUCUACAUCCCACGAGCCACUUAUAAAGUGACCAACAAUGAUCCACACCACCGUACUGACUCCGAACCCCACCUAUCUGACUCCAAAUCCGACCGCUCCCGUUUCCGACGUGAUUCUAAUGGUGACUUCACAACCAUGGUCGAUCGCAUGGAAAAGAUAUCCCGAGUUGUCAAUGCCAUAUCGAUUCAGCAGGGAAUCAUCAAUGGCACCCUCAAACCGGAUGCUCUCAUCUCGGAAUUCCUCAACUUCGGUGGUCUGACUAUUUCUGAAAUCGAAGCAAUCAAUGCAACCGAGGUGACAAAAGUGGUCGAGGAGAUGCACGGGUUACCCAAAAAACUGACGAAGAAUGAUGGAAUCGCCAAAAUUGAGAGCCGAUUUCUUAUGUAUGAAUCAAUGUUGGAAAAGACUAAAGGAAUCGGAAAGAGCAUAACCAUUCCUGAGUUCAGCCAAUAUCUCAAUGACGUCAAAACAUUGAUGAACACCCCUCUCGAUCAAAGUUUCCUGGACAUUAUGACAACCUUCGACUUAUUCGUGAAAGCUAUGGAUAACGUGGAUCGUGAUGAUAAGAAAAACAAAGGUUUUACGUUAACUCAGCUUACAUCAUGUGCCUCUUCUUAUUCAAAUGUCGGAAACAUGGACAAAUUCAAAAAUCUUCUAAAAGAUGAAAUUCUUAGAAACAAGACAAUGUUCGAACCUAUCGACAGAGUCAAUCAAGCUAUUUUGGAAUUUCAAAACGACUUAGGAGUUUCCAUUUUUAUAUCGAAGGACAAAGAUUUGAUGACGUUAGUUGGAAACAACAUCGGAAACCUGACUACACUGGCUGCGAAGACAAAAUCCUCAUUGUCUGUUCUGGAGAACCUUCGUCGACUGUUCGUGACACGUCAUCACAUUCGUGGCAAUCGUCAAUUGACUCAGACUCCUGGAUAUCCGAAUGGAAUUUCUGAUUUUGGACUCGUCUUCGGAGAUUUGAAAGAUUCUUGGAUACAAGAAGCCGUUGAUGGACAGUCGGAUGCACUUGCCAAAGCAUUGGAUAAUCUGAGAGAUUUGAAGACCAAUCUACAGACGUCCGAUGGCAGUUUCCACCUUGACAGUGCUGAAGAGACUAAAUUGAUGACUACAAAAGCGGAAAUGAUUGAAUUGUCUGAGUAUGCAGGACUAUUCAAUGAGCUUACGCAAUCAGUUGGAAAUAUUUUUAUAACAGAGAGGACUUUGGAACCAUCAAACGUAGACGAUUUUCAAGACCUCAUGCUCAACAUUCUGCUUCUUUCUGAUCAUUUGCGUGCUUUGAAAGUGGUCGUGGAUGUUUCAGAGAAAUUGAAAGUGGAUAAGGAUGGUGAUGUCGAGAAAAUGCUGAAAAUAAUAGGAAAGCCGGAAAUCACGACAGUCUUCACCCUAUUGGAUAAUCUACGAAGCAGUGCUGAAUUCAAAAAAGUCAUGAAGUUGGUUCGUACUGCGGAGGCAUCGAUUGGUGUCCUUCUCAAGAAAGAUAAAUCCGGAAACGACCCGAAAUCUGUCAUUGAGAUUGCUAAAGACGUUGAUGGAAGUUCGAGUCAGAUGCAACCAUAUUUGGACGGUUUGGGCGUCUACCUAACGAAUAUGGACACUCUACGAAAUGUGGCUGGCGUCGAUCAGGUUGGAGAAGCAAUCAGGGCUAUUCAGUACUAUAGGAAUCACACGUUCAAGUCUGCUAGUUUCGAGAAAAUUUCCAACAAAGUGAACAACGCUAAGAACUCGUUGACAAAGCUUCAGAAGUCAGUGGCCAACAUGAAAGAAGACACAACGCCGGAAUCGACAGCAUUGGUUGAGUUGAGAGACUUAUUCACGGAUUCCCAGAAUAUUGGCGCAGCGACUCGUGUCUUCCGGAGUAUGCAGAUGGCUAAGGAUAAGAAGUUGGUGGUCGUGACUCCAGCGAUGGCAGACGUGGUGAAAAAGGUGAAAAAUGUGAGUCCAAAACAACAGGAACAGUUGAAUCAGUUGCUCGGAUUGGACAAAGAGUUGACAACCUUGAUCGCCGCAAUUGGAAAGAUCGAGACUUCUGUGAAACCAUCAACAUCUACUGACAUGGUUUCCCUCUGGCCAAUCUUCUCACUUGCUAAUGGAGCCAAAGGAAUUUCAAUGGACUUUUUGGAAAUCAGUAACACAAUCGAGAUGUUAUCGAAAGAUCCGAAUCUGAAGAGCCAUCAACAAGACCUUCUGAAGAUCAAGAAUGACUUGGAUACUCUGGAUUCGAUGGGAUUAGACUACUCGAAGCAUCAGACUGCUAUCAAGGGAACCGAGGAAUCGUUGAAGCAACUCGACUUAUUUUUUGAGUUGUUUAAGAAGAAAAUAACUCCGAAAGAUGUAUCUCAAGACAGAAAGGGACCAUUGGAGAAGAGACCAACAAGCAAAGAAAAAAAUCCAAGUAGUGAUUCUAGAAGAUCGGAGAAGAUUGAGUCGAAGGAAAACCAUCACCUCGCCGCGAAACAAUCGCCGAACGAACCACCACCGUACUUUCCGAAUGAAAAGCUCCGUUAUCAAUAUUUCACAGAACUUGAAUAUGGGAAAAGAGUAGAGGAUCAUAGAAGGAAAAAAAGAAUUGCGGAGAAGGAAGAGGAUUCAGAAAACAACGAGGAUGCGGAGACGGAAGUGAAACUGGAACCGAUGGAAUUUGUUUCAGAAGACGCGGAAAUUGAUGAGAAACCGACAAGGGACGAACCCACGUCUUUUGAAAAGAUUCAGAAGGUUUUUUCGAUGAGAAUGGAUCCACUGGAUUCUGGAGCACAGAAGGAGAAAAAACCCGAGAAAUUGUCAGUGACGUCACCGCCGAAAAUCCAGGAAAAAGAGGAAAAACCGGAGAGAUUUGAAGAUUCUGGAGCCUUGACACUGGCUGCCACGGUGUCAAAAAUGUCAAAACCGACACAGCUCAUAGUUAAAACCAUCCGGGAACGUGUCCCAUACUAUACGGAAAUUGGGGAUUCAGAAGCGCCCACGACGAUUCCGCAAACCGUUUUUCGCAAAUUUAAAACGGAUCACAACAAGGUUCCGGCAUACUUUGAGCAUGUGCGCCCUACUAGAACAAUAGGAACGGUACCGUAUGUGGCGUAUGAUCAUCCCGCUCUUGACGUCGUCACAGAACAAAAACCGGAGAGAUUUGAGGAUUCUGGAGCCUUGACAAUGGCUAGCACGGUGCCAAAAACAAAACUUGUUUGGGAACAUGUGCCAUACUAUCCGAAAAUUGGGAAAAUUAGGGAUUAUGAAGCUCCCACGACGUCAGAAGCACCAAAGAUUCCACCUAAGGUUCUCAGACCGCCCGGAAUUGGGACCAGAAUUGAUCCACCGCGGAAACCCGUACCGUACUACUGCCGAAAAGUGGACCGUAGUUCUGCCAAGAAGCCAAAAUUGACGAAAGUUUCUGGAGUCGACGCGAAAACUCUUUAUGUGGCAAUGGGCGGAGCACCGAAAUCGGUACCGUAUUAUUCAGAGGAGGAGGAAGAAGAAGAGGAGGAGGGGGAUUUUGAGCCAAGAAUUUCAGAAUAUGAUCUGUCUUCUGAGAUUCAGAAACAACCGGAAAGAGUUCCGUAUUUUCCGGAGGCUCGAGAGAAGAAGGAGCCCGAGAAGGCGGAGCCCGUGGAGGCGGAGCCCGAAGAAUAUGUAUACGAUAAGACGCCAACUCCAUUACCUGCAAACCGACAAGCUCCGCCCCUUUAUGUGGGGAGACGUGUUAUAGCGAGGAAACCGGUCGCAGAGCAACUAACUGCCACCAUGAAAUCAGCGAAUCCGCCCCGAUACGCAAGUUUUCUCCAGAAGAAGCAGUUGGUACCAAUUGCGCCGAGACACCCGAUACCGGUAACCAUGAUGGAUACAUUCGACUCGAUGGAUUCUGGCAUUGAAUCCAAUGGAUGGGGAGAAAAAGAGCCAAAGAAAGAGUUGAUUGUACUGCAAGGUGGAUGGAAUGGAGAGACGAUGGAUACGAUGAAUACACCGUCCUCUUCUUCAUCUGGUUUUUUGACACGUCCCUCUUCAAAACCAUCGAAAGUGAUAUUGGCAAUGGAAUUGUUCAACAAUCAGAAGCAUGUUCCAACUACUACUCCAAUCAAAGAACCGUCGAGACCUCAUUCCGAUGAAUUCGUCGAUUCGGCAAUCGAAGAAAUGGAGAUUCAUCUGAAAACCUUCUCGAAAGAGUUCUCCGACGCAAACUCCAAGUUGACACCAGCACAACGACAGAUGUAUGGAGAUAGGCUGUUGGGAUCCGUCAAAAUGUUCCAAGCGGGAAUCAAGAAAGCGAUCAUGAAGAAUCCGUCGAUAUAA